GUACACUUGACACUUGACGCCUCACAAACAUUUUCCUCGUCAUCAAUUCUCCCAGAUUCAACUGUCCAUUAUCACAGUACCGCAACUCUUCAAUCUCCUGCAUUACCUUAACACCUCAUCUUGAUUGAUCUUAUCAUUUUGAUGCGCCUAUCCUGUGUCAAACACAGACAUCCUUUGCCCCGCCUUACACCCAUCCUUUAAACCCCCUUCGCCUCCCUCCACACUUCCACACUAGGAACAUGGCUUUUGUGGGCUUCGGACUUCCUCUACCUAGCCACUCCAUCUCCACCUAACUCAAUCCCAUCAGACUACAAAGAAGCCCUUGUGCCGCUUCUUCAUCUUCCUCAUUCUUUACCUGGCUACGAACGUCGCGUUGUGCCGCGGCAGAAGUCGGCGUUUUCCCUCUCUCAGCCUGUUUGCCUAACCAGAGAUCCAACUGUUGCUGCCUCUGCGCCAAGCCAUUGAUCUGCCUCGUGGAUCUUAACCACGACUUCACCUGUGUCCCUGCCAAACCCCAUCGACUGAGAGUUCUGACAGUUUGUCUGGCAAACACCCAGAUGUCACUUAUCUAACAUGCCCAACACACUUUCCGACUCUUCCGUCCGGAAUCGCAGUGAUUCCACUGCAGACUCAGGCAUGCCUGAACAUGAGCACAAACGCCCAAGGCUGAGUGACUCCAAGUUGGAUGGGACACAAGUCAUGUCUGAUCUGCACGUGUCUGCCGGUCCAGCUGCACCUUCCACAUCAGAAAUUGUCUCAAGACCCAACAAGACACCUCAACGAGACAAAACUCCUCCUGUUCAAUCUGAAUCCUCGCCACCUUCCGUUACGGUCCUCUCCCCAACCAGUAAAGUCACCAUCAAUACCCGUCCUUUAUCAGCCUUGUCUCUCACUCAAGCAGUGCAAUCCGGUGGCGGAGACAUGCCCAACGUGGAAUGCUCAUCUUCUGACCAUCAACUCAGCGCCUCGAGCGACACUCCUCCAGAUGUCAACACCCCACAAUCGACCAGCCAUGAACCUGCGGAUAUUCCUGAAACCAUCUCCAUCUCAUCAUCUCCCAGCAAGAGUCCCGAGAUCGAGGUUGCUGAAAUCGAGGACUAUGACCAAGACCCAGCUCACACAAGAUGGACCAGCCGAAUUGGCGGUUCUGCUUCCAUCCCUCUCUUCUCCCAGACCAUUCAACCCGGUCAUGUUUAUCGCACUUUUCCAUAUGCGGCUGAUGUGGCACCUGGAAAUGCCAGUCGUACCGUCAUCCGUAUACAGGAUAUCUUUCAACACGCUGGCGGCCAAGAAGGUGAAAUCUUUGUCUUGGUCAAAAACUGGCUCACCGACUUUGUGUCGAAAUGUACACACUUCCCUGCCAUAUUACUUGACGACGACCGAGAGUUCUGGAACCGUGUUCCUGGCCUAGUGGAAGGUCUUCUGCGACGACAAACCGGUCCACCCGCAAGGGCUCGUAUUGAGGACUUGGUCGAUUUCUUUGUGGCAUAUGCACAUCUGACUAAAUUGCUCAUGGAGCACGAUAUCCAGAUGCUGAGCCGUCUGAAAGACGACUCGGACCUUACACGCCUGCGCACCUUGAAUACCGCCAGUGCCCCAUACCUCCAGCCCCUGAUAUGGAUUCUGCAGACUCCGAUUCCAUUCUACGAGGCCAUUAAUCGUGUCCAUGCCUUUGAUAUUGCACGAUUCCACAUCAAUAUCGUGGACAAAGUCACCGACCCCGCCGGCAUUAACUUGCUAACGACCGCCUCCAACUUCCUCCUUGUCCUGUCCUCAAAGCUUGCUAAACGCCAAGAUCUGUUCCGGCAGUAUCUCAACGUCUUGAACGCAGUAUGGCACGUCAUGCGAAUCGCGAUAACUCCUCCUUUGGAUGUCCAGCUACCGCGCCCUGUUCAAAUUGACCAUGUUCGCAAAGUGUCUGAGAAGAUACUGCUAAAUGCCGACGCCGCUCUUCAAAACGCGGUUGUCAAGCAGCUUUCUUGGCUCAACCUCGACACUGCUCCCAAGUUGAUUGAGCUUAUCAACCCCAUGAUGAUCAUAAUCGCGGUCGAAGUGCCGCAGAUCGGCCAGGACAUCGUGUCUUCGGCAGGUGUCGGCUUUGCUGAUUCUGAUCUUACAGAUCUCCCUAGUACGAUGCCAUAUGCAUGGAAAUUCAAGACUUUGAGAAAGUUCAUCACUAAUGGUCGAAUGGAACUUCGGGUGUUUGGCGUCGACAUCAUGUCCGCUGACCUCGUCUACGUUUUCAACCACAUCAUCGACGGAAAACUAACGCCCUCAAAUGCGGUAACGAAUCCAUUGGUCCGCUUCCUCGCCAAUUUCAUCAAAGAAACCCGAUUAGUUGAAUACAUAGUCGGAGUCGAUUCUCAUCCACAGAUCAUUCGACGCGCCCAUAAUGUGGUCGGCUUUCUCUGUGUGUCUGGAACAUAUUCUGAUUCAACGACGGACGAGAUCUGGAAACACAUUGUUGAAGGCCAAGACAUCCGAACUGUUCAUGAAGUUUUUAACCUCUUACGGACGUGUUUCAAUGUUUACAGCCUUGCGGCAGAGUACUAUAUCUGUCAAAAGUUGUGCGCGUUCCCGUUUGAGCGUCUCGAUGAAACUAUCGUGUCAUUCAUCAUUCAGCUCUUUGACAGCAUCAGAGCGAAUGUCGGGUUCAGACCAAACCCAAAUAUGUUACCAAUAGGCGCGGUCACAAGACAGCUAUGCAUUCGACUUCUCCGAGAGGCUGCAGUAGAGGAGAACCUGCUGCUGGAUUACUCGUUGAUCAUUCGCCGCGAGUUUCCCCAACAGUUGAACUUCUUGGUCAAUUUGGGACAAGCCGGAAACUCGAUUGAUGAUGACGAGGUACGCAACAUCUUCAGUGAGAUUGCUUCAGAUGUCAAGGCUCAUAACCGAUUUGCGGGAGGUGAUCUGCUCGUACUCGGUACAUUGGUCCAGACUCUUCCAAAAGACGACCUAUCGGCCCUGGUGAAAGAUCUCGACCUCACCUCCGCUCUCGUGGAAGAAAUCGUUCAAAUCGGCAAUAAUUUAGAUCCUACAUGCCCAAGCUUAGUCACCGAGACGAUAUACGAGAUCAGGGCGCGGGCUUUGCAUUGCCUUAUUCUCCGCUUACCAAGCACUUUCACUCCUGAGUUGAUCGAGGCCCUCUGGAAAUCCUUCUUCACAUCUCAACAAGUCCUGCCCUCCGUUCGCGCCAAAUCCUGGACCACGCUAUGCAACGCACUCCGGGAAAGAGCCCCUGAUGACCACAACAUUGUUUUGGACCGGAUCAUAAACACUCACAUGCAACAUUUACAGCCUCAGGACUACUGCGAGCCAUUGCUGGAGUUCAUGAAGUUGUCGAUGAGACACCUCUCGCGAAAUCUCUCACACCAGCAGAACCCCCCGAGUGACGGCGUGGUCUUUAUACCUGGAAUGGAUCGUUUAUGGAAGGUCAUGCUCGAGGCACCCCCUAACACCAUCGAGAACGAAGCCACCGACUACAUCAUCCAGCAGUACCUUGACCAUGAUCUUAUCAUGAGACAGUCAAAAGCAACCAUUGAUGCUACCCAUGCUUCGCUUGUCGAUCGCUGUGUACAACAAGUGAUUGCAUCAGCAUCUAGACUCAAGUCGUUCACUGACGGAACUGUGCUAGGCGAGGAUGAACCCAUCGUCGUCAUCGCCUCUGAAUCCGAAGUCCGCGCCGAGGAGCUUUGUUUUGACCGCUCUCUACUAUUCCUUCGGAAGUUCCUUGAGGCCAUCAAAGGCCAUCCACACUAUGGUCUUAUCUCCAGUCCGGUCCCAAGUUUCCCUGAAUUCCCAAACAAAAAGGGCGAAACUCUUGACCUCAACAUCCAGAUUUUUGGCAGCAAGCAUGUCUCAGAAAGGAUGCAGAAAAUAAGUACUGGACGCGACAAUACGGGCGAUGAACUCCACAAAUAUUUGUCGGAUGCCAGCGGCUUCUCGAAAUUCACCGUCUUCCACAUCGGGCAAAAAAUAAUCCUCGAGCAGGAGAACACAACCUUGCAUGAUCUGAAAAUGUGGACUGGUCUAUUGAUGGUCAAAAAGGACCCCAACUCUACUGAGGUCAUUCGUACGCGCUCGGCACGUGCGUCUUCGCCUGUUGACUCCAAAGUCAUGCAUCAUUUCGACGAGUUGUACGGACUUUUGGAUUCCGAGGAACGACUAGCCAGGGAAGUUUACAGCUUUCUCAGCCUGUUCUCUGCGCAAACUGAGGUAGUGAGCAUGGUCCGUUCGAUGACGCGUUCCGCCGCCGACGUGUUGCCUCCCGAGAAACCAUUCAAGCUGCUCUAUUGCGCCCGCGCCCUAAGAUCUUGUAUCGAAUACGAGUCUUUCAGUUCAGACCCAGACGCAAGGUUUCUCGUGUAUGGUGUACAGGUCAUCACCAGUACGCUUCCCAGUCUCGACUUAAGCCCUGCCCAGGAUUCUUUACGUAACUCGAUUGUGCACAGUCUUUUGGAAGCUCUUCUUCUGGCUUUUCGCGCCAAGGUUCCCACGGGAGACUCUCUACAAUACAUUCAAAACCACCAGGACUUUGUGGCCCAGGUCACACGCUUAUGCUCCUUUGCAGUGGACAACAAUUGCGUGGAUCCUGACUUAUCGGCCUCUGUAAUGGCCAGGCUGGUUCUAGAAACAUUUAUCGAGGCAAGCUUGCACGAUGACCGCGUAUGGAACUGCGUUGAUCUUCAGAACAAGCUUCAAAACAUUCUCAUGACCAUUGUGAACGACGUACGACCAGACGUCCGGCAUACUCUGCUUGAUGUUAUACUCAUGUUGACAGGCGGGGCUGGUUCAAAGAUUCUUCUCAAAGUCAACAAUCCUCGAGCUCCUCGGUCUCGAUUCCCUGCCACUUCAAUUGAAGCGUGUCUAUCACACCUUUGGACUGCACUGGUCGAAAUUCUUCCGGUCGCAUGUCUCCAGCCCCAGACCAGUGGAGAAAUGUGUGAAUCUAUGCUUUCCAUCAUCAAGAGAAUCGGGAAAUCCUUUGCCGUUGAUGCCUUGAGUCAAUACCUCAAGACUUGGAGUUCUAUACUCCUGGAUCACCAGCAUAUCGAAACCGUUGGCCAACCUCUGGCAGACUUUGUUGUGGCAGGUUUGGCGAAACUCCUCCUGGAAUGCUGUAAGCUGCUAAAUGCAGUCCACAAACUCCCUCCCAGUACCAAGCUCAUUGAAGACAUAAUCACUGGAUUCUUGUUUCCGCCACUCUCUGGAAGCAAGGGAAUCAUCCAGGGCACUACAAACCUACCUAUGCUUGACAGUAAUGUUAGAGAGAGUCUAUACUCUCUAGUGUUGAUAUUGUGUCAAGAAGCUGAUGAUUUUCAGGUGGUCAUCGCUAAACUUGGGGAUGAUCUCCUGCCACAGGAUUUGUUCGAACCUUUAUGGGGCAACGACCGACAGCAACUUCGGACAGAGGUUGGUUACGCUGGCUUGCGCAACCUGUCAAACACCUGCUACCUGAAUUCUCUUUUUUCGCAGCUCUUCAUGAACGUUGAAUUCCGCGAGAUCUUCCUGAACUCACGCAUCCUGGAUCGCGCCAAACCAGGACUUGUUCUCGAGCUUGCCAAGGUAUUUGCCUUUAUGCAGAACUCGUACGAGAAAUGUGUCGAUCCUGUGACUGCUGUUGAAGCGAUUACAACAUAUGACGGAGAACAAAUCGAUGUAUCUGUACAAAUGGAUGUGGAUGAGUUCUUCAACUUGCUCUUUGAUCGGCUCGAGGGCCAAAUCGAUGGACCAUACAGGGAUGUGUUCAAGUCCAUAUAUGGUGGGCAGUUGGUCCAGCAGAUCAAAUCAAGAGAGUGCGAGCACAUUUCCGAACGACUCGAACCAUUUUCUGCUGUUCAAGUCGAGAUCAAAGGCAAAGCCAAGCUGGAAGACAGUUUACGCGCUUAUGUCGAAGGUGAGGUCCUACAGGGAGAGAACAAGUACUCGUGCACCUCUUGUGGACGACACGUGGAUGCCGUCAAGCGCUCUUGUCUCAAAGAGGUUCCUGACCAUCUUAUCUUCAACCUCAAGCGCUUCGACUACGACAUCAUGACAGGUAUGCGCACCAAGGUGAACGACGAGUUUCGGUUCCCGGACAUUUUGGACAUGGCACCAUACACAUUGGCUCGACUCAGUGAAGACGAUCAGUCUGAAGAACCAGAUCAGUUCGAGUUGACUGGCAUCAUUGUCCAUUCAGGAACGGCAGACUCCGGUCAUUACUAUUCAUACAUCCGACAGCGCCCGUCCGCAAAAGAUGUGGCGGACUCGUGGGUUCAGUUCAAUGAUCAAGACGUGACGACGUUCGAUGCCACGCAGAUGCGGGAGCAAUGUUUUGGUGGUGUUACGGAGUCGUACUACAAUCUACCCAAGUUUUACAAUGCGUACAUGCUCUUCUACCAGCGAACAUCGAGCAUCAGCAAGAUUGCGCAACGUUAUCAUACCCACGAUUUCGUCAACCCGAUCCGACUACCGCUCCCAUCUUCGAUGGACCGACACAUCGCACAAACAAAUGAGCUUUAUCUUCGGUCGUAUUGUGCUCAGGAUGGGACACAUGCCAAGUUCAUCUUCCAGCUCUUCGAACGUCUCAGAGCACACAGCGAGCAAUGCAGUGCAGAACACACCUUGGAGACAAACAUGUUAGAAAUGGUGUUGGAUUACAUACGAGAAGUAUCCUCUCGGUGGAAAGAUCUGCCUUUCGUCGAAGACACGAUGAAAUCAAUCCAGGCUUGUGUCGAACAAUGCCCUCGGUGUACCCAGUAUGUUGCCGAGUGGCUCGAAGGUCCCCGCAUUCUCGAAGACGUUAUCGUGCGAAGCCCAUAUUUGGUGGUCAGAAAGGCUUUUGCGGGUCUAAUGACCACGACAGCGAGCCGCUUGCAUGACCUUCGGAUGAAUGUGAAGUUCGAUGAGGAUGACGAUGAGGAUGACGAAGAGGACUCCUUGUCAGAGAAACACCUAAAUUGGCUGGAGAGCUGCGUUAGCCAAUUGGCAAGACUCUGGGAUGUGGUGAGCAAAAAUGGACGAUGCUGGGGCGAGUACUUCUUCAUUCUCAAUGGAAUCCAAAAGCUGGGUGACGAUGAACUGGCAAUGGUUCUCAACGGAGGAUUCAUCGAAAAAUGCUACGAGAUGGCCAUGGUUCACCUGAACAGCCCGGUGGACUAUCCCAUCUCAAGGAAACUCAAAGCUCGGUAUUCGGCUUACCUCAACGCAAGGGACAAGAACCGAACCUUCAAUCAUUCUAUCGUCUUCCGUCUGUUGGUCAAUCUCUUGACUAGAGUUGAUCUUAGUCUCAUGCCUAGCGGAGAGGUGCGCAUCGUCGACCCAAAGAUUGGUUUGAGUAAAAACGAGCUCGAGAUCCUCGGGAUUAUCAACGUGCCAUCACAGUUCGAGUGGCUAAGACGUCUCCUUGCAGGAAGGACCAACAUCAUUGCCAUUGAUGAUAUCAUUGAGUGUUUUUCACGCGAUCGACUUCUUGCAGUUCCUGUCAAAGAAGUGAUCCUUGCAGGUCUCAACGACAAACUCAUCAACAUGGCGGUGAACUUCCUCCGCCCGGCGCUGGUCUUCGUUCAACACUGCACGUCAGAUGAUCAGACGAUGGACCUUGUUCAAGGAACUCUAGACAGCAUUCAGACAGUCGGAGUGGAGUAUAGCCGGGACUAUCACGAGUUUGUUGAGGCCUUGCUGCAGGUCGAGAAUGCCAACCUCGGCCACGAGCGAGGGUUUUUGGUUGAGGUGGUUGUCAAUCAUGUUCACUGCUGGGCCCCAACAUUCCUCGCGGCACCCCUGGAUCCUCAUGCCAAUGUGCAAUUGGCGACCGUGGGCCUUUUGCGACAAUACCUGUUCAAUCCUCUCCAACGCGCGGAUGGUCAGGAUGUUCAGGAAUACAGACGAUUACGGCACCUGGUAAGGGAGCUUGCGGUAGGAUGCUGCACUUUUGUGCAGACAACCUUUUUGAACAACCGAGGCCGGGAUGAUCUGACCAUUCAACCAGGACAGGUCAAUCAAAUGAUUGAAGUGGUGGAUGUAUGUUCUCUGCAUUUCGACGCGGAAGAUCCAGCAGAUGAAGAGAGACUGGUGGAUCUUCAGCAAACCAUGGCGGCAUUGCGAAGCAAAGCAGAGAAUUCUGCCGAGGCGAUGAGCACAGCUGAAUGGCAAGAAAACAGCAGUGAUCUCGCCGAAGUCAGUGGACAGGAGGACGAUUAUGUCUCGACGAGCCCUUAGGAGGGCGAUUCAAGUACAAGUGAGAGUCAGCUGGAGGUGGAGGUGGAGUUUUGGACGGAUGAGCGGUACUACUAGACCAGUGCAAGGCGUUGGGGAGGCUGAAAGGGUUUCUAGGGGGAGUUGUUGGACUUGGGUCUUCUCCCGUCGAGGAGGGGUUUUCAUCUUUUUCCUGCUUGUUUUUUACUUCUUUUCUUCUCCUUCUCUUCUUGUGUUGGGAGAUCGAUUGUUCCCCGAGGGAAUUCAGGGGAGGGGGGCAAUGAGGGAAGUGGGUGGUUGCAUUCCGAAGAAUCGAAUUCGACGGGAUGCAUGUGUAUGAAUGAAUGAAAUGAACCCAGGUGAUUUGCACGCGCAAAGAUGGCGCCGACGAAACCUGAAAAUCAACCUGAAAAUCAACGAACGAGCUCAUGAAUUGAAGACCAAGCAAGACAUUACAAGGCAAUUAGUCAAUAAGCAAGCGGGUUGGUUGUGCUAUGAGUGUUUUGGCAUUGGUAAAAAGACCGACCGACAGAAAGAUGACAGUACCAAAGCGAGCGUGGUGAAGUUAGUAAUGAUAAUUCCAAUUGCAAUAACGAAACGUGGAAAGAGAGCAGUAGCAGAGACUGUAAAGGGAAC